AAACGGAGAUGACUAUAGAAAAAAAUCAACUAUUAAUGAAUGAGUUAUUUGAAAGAGCUAGAGAUCGAUAUUAUAGCUUGGUGAAUCGAGAUAAUACAGAAGAAGUGGUAAAAUUUGUUACAAAUUUAGGAGAGGCUUUAGAGUCUAUUCUCGA